AUGCGGGCGGGCCGGCCCCGCGCCGGCGGGCCGGCUGGCACCUGCGGCUGCCCGGCGGCAGCGGCGCGGCUGUGCGGCAGCGACGGGCGCACCUACCCCAGCCUGUGCGCGCUCCGCGCCGAGAACCGCGCCGCGCGCCUCCGGGGCGCGCUCCCGGCCGUGCCCGUGCAGAAGGGCGGCUGCGGCGAUCCAGGGACCCCAAGCGCAGGCCUGCUCAGGAGCAAGUUCAACUUCGUCGCUGCGGUGGUGGAGAAGGUGGCGCCGUCUGUGGUCCACUUGCAGCUGUUCCGCAGGUGGCCUCUCAGCAGCCAGGAUAUUCCUGCAUCCAGUGGCUCUGGGUUCAUAGUGUCUGAGGAUGGGCUCAUUAUUACCAACGCUCACGUCAUCACUAACCAGCAGCGGAUUCAGGUGGAGCUCCAGAAUGGGGCCCAGUAUGAAGCCACUGUCAAGGACAUUGACCAUAAAUUGGAUCUUGCACUGAUUAAGAUUGAGCCAGAUACUGAUCUUCCUGUAUUACUACUGGGAAGAUCGUCUGACCUUCGGGCUGGAGAGUUCGUGAUUGCCUUGGGCAGCCCAUUUUCCCUGCAAAACACAGUAACAGCAGGAAUUGUCAGCACUACACAGAGAGGAGGCAAAGAGCUGGGACUGAAGAAUUCAGAUAUGGACUACAUCCAGACUGAUGCAAUAAUUAAUCACGGGAAUUCUGGGGGGCCUCUGGUGAACUUGGAUGGAGAUGUGAUUGGCAUAAAUACAUUGAAGGUGACCGCAGGCAUCUCCUUUGCAAUUCCCUCAGAUCGAAUCAGACAGUUCUUGGCAGAAUACCACGAGCGGCAGCUGAAAGGAAGGGCUCUUUCACAGAAGAAAUAUCUGGGUCUGCGAAUGCUGCCCCUCACUAUGAACCUUCUUCAAGAAAUGAAAAGGCAAGAUCCAGAUUUCCCUGAUGUGAGUUCUGGGGUUUUUGUAUAUGAAGUGAUUCAAGGAACAGCUGCUGAAAGCUCUGGGUUGAGAGACCAUGAUGUAAUUGUCAGCAUAAAUGGGCAACCUGUUACGACCACAGCUGAUGUUAUCGAAGCUGUUAAGGACAGUGAUUCCCUUUCCAUCACUGUUCAUCGGGGAAGACAAGUUUUGUUCCUGACAGUCACACCUGAAAUAAUCAAUUAAGUCUUGCUGUAAAGAGAGAUUAUUUAACAAAACCAAAGUUAUAAUUACCUGGUUUGUAUUGAAGAUGUGCCAAAGGUGGCAAGGGGUUUUGGAAUCUCUUUCUGAUGAGGAAAAAAAAGAUGCUUUGAACACACGAACACACACACACUCACACACACACACACACACACAUAUUCAGGGAUCAUCAGGUUGGGGCUGCUCUUAAGAAGUGCUGUUAAGAACUGUUGUUACGAAGCCUUACCAAGCCAAAUGGAAGAAGGAAAUGUUGCCAGGAAGUCUGGGGAACUGAUAACAUUUUAUUUAAAGAUAGGAAACAACUAAAAAACAGGCAGUUUCCAAUUUAACCUUGACAGAGGGAAGGGACACUUUAGUAUAGUAAACCUCUAUAGCCACAAACUAGAUAUAACACACACAUACACAAACAGAUCUAUCUACCAAAUAUUAAGCAACCACCUGAAUCGAGUGUAGAGAUAAUCAAUUUUUUAAUAAUACUCUUUUGGUCAAUGAGUUUUUGAGGUUGUAUCACAUUUGGCUGGGGUUUAUGGAUAUAGUAGAUUGGUAUCAUUUAGAAAUCAAAUUGAAACUGACAAUUACAGAUUGUCACACAGAAAUAGUACUCAUGAUUCUCAAAUUAUUGCUCUAGCAAUGGAAACAACUUUUGUUGUUUCCACUGCUAGAAACAACAGCAGCUUUUCUGACUCUGAGAAGGGUUCCUUCUCCUGUCCAAGUUCUAACUAGGCCUGAUCCUGCUUAGCUUCUGAGAUCAGACAAGAUUGGGCGCAUUCAGGGUGGUAUGGACAUAUACAAGAAGGGCUUCUUUUAUAAAACAGAUUCUUUAAUUUACGGACAUUUAGCUUUUUUACUCAAGCUCUUCCUCUUGUAACAUUAAUGAUUUCGAGUCUUGGAGCUGCCAAAGUUUUUUUCUUUAAAGGAAACAACUUUUGAUGGAGUUUGUGAAUAUUCUUAGGAGAUUAUUAAAAAGGUGUGGGAUGAAGCAGGACUUGAUAAGCUUUAAAGGUUUAUUUUGGGUAAGAUUGAAGUUAAAAAAACAAAAACAUGGGAUCCUUGAGCCUUUAAAUUCUAUGCAGAAUUUUACAUGUAUGUGUAUCUUUCUGGGGAGUAAGUCUGGUUUCUUUAUGACCCAUGACAAUUUAAAAUAUACUGACUUAGGGCACAGAGAUUCUGAAUUAAAAGUCUACCAAUUGUUACUGUUUUAAGCAAGGUUAAGGUCAGUGUGGUACAGAACUUUCAAGACAGAACAGAAUAAUCUGUUCUAAUUUUUUACACCAUUGUUACCUUUAAUAAUAUAAGAACAGUGAUCAUAUUAAUCAGGGAUGAUAAAGCAGAAGUUCUUAGGAAAGCUGCUACAAAAUGAUAAAAUAUAUCCAGGGAAGCUACUUUAACUGUGAUUCUUCAUCUCUAAGUCAAUUAUCAUGAGAUAAAUGUUGAGUAGUUCUACCUUGAUUGUUUCUGGAAUUUGUAAGUUAUUUUGAAUAGCAGGCUUUCAGUUUGCCUUGGUCACAAAUUCCACCUGUUAUUUUAUGUGUGAUAGUUCUUUCGACUUACAUUGCAAAAGGAUGAGAAGCAAUUUUUAAAACUUAUAAACUACUUACAUUUCUUUUAUUCCCAGUGAUUUGGGAAUGCAAAAGCUUGGCUGUGUGUCUCUUUCUGAUUGCUAUAGCCCAUAGAGAGCCUUUAGUACCAUGCUUAUUCUGAGUCUGAAUGUGUUCAGUUCCUUUGUGUCCCCAUAAAUCAUGUCCUAGUUCCACCCUAGUAUCCAAUAUUCUUUAAGUAGGAGUGUAUUUUUCUUUCCAAGGGCACAAGGCUCCUCACUUUAUCUUACCUAAUCAUGAAUAAUAGUUUUACAGAAACUUGUAUGAAAUCUUUUUUUUAUCAGCCUACAACAUGGGCUCCAUAAACUGAUAAAUACUAAUAUUUAGAAAGGAUAAUUCUGCCAAGAGGAAUAGUUCAGCUCACAUACAUGUCUGCUACUGUGUUGGUU